CAUGGGUAACAUUUUUUCGCGUGGUGAAUCCGGGUAGUGGUUGCUCAUUCAUAUAAUUAUUAAGUUAUAAAAUUUGUUUCAAAAUGUCUUACAUACCAGUUGCACUUGAAGCCGAUGAGCAAGAAAGAAAGUUGUUCAUCGGUGGUUUAAAUAAGUAUCAUACAGAUGAAGAUAGGCUGCGAAAGUUUUUUUGCGAGUAUGGCAAAAUAGUUGACGUAACAAUAAUGAGGGAUAACGAUAAACAGUCACGAGGAUUCGGAUUUGUUUUGUUUGAAAAUGCAUCAUCUGUAAAUGAUAUUAUUGCUAACAAAAAAGCUGGUGCAUCUUUCGAACUUGAUGACCAUCAAAUAGAGGUUAAACGAGCAUUACCAAAAGUACCCGGAGGUAAUGCUGGUACAUCACGAACCGGAGGUUUAUAUAGAAAAGUUUUCGUUGGUGGCUUGCCAAGUUCAAUUACAGAGGACGACUUAAGAAGUCAUUUUGAAAAAUUUGGAGCUGUUCAUGAAGUUGAUUUAUUACGAGACAGAGAUACCAACCGUUUACGUGGUUUUGCUUUUGUAACUUUUGAAGAUGAAGAUAGUGCAGAUAAAUGUAUACAAAAAAGGGCUCAAGAAAUUUGUAAAAAGUUUUGUGAAAUUAAAAGAGCACAAACUAGAUCAACUUUAACAAAGUAUGAAUCGGAUGAUAGAAAUGAUGGUAAUCGACGUCAAGAUCAUCCAUUAACAGAUCGUCUUUUUAAGAAUGGGCCAACAGCUUCCCAGCAAACAUCUCUAGGAGUAAUGAACUUAAAUGAAGUGAAUCAACUUAUUCAACAAGCAUAUGCAAUGGGUCAGCAAAGUGUUUUGCAGAAUACAGGACUUCAGGCGCCUACUGCCACUGCUUUAUUGGGUUUAGGUGGUGUUGCUUCGUACACUCAAUCUGUAAAUAAUACACUUUUGCAAGCUCUUAUGAAUCAGGCACCUCCAGCAGUUUCUUUGCCUGGACCAAUUGUUCCUUCUGCUGGUUUAGCUCACUCUUCCAAUGCUGCAAAUGCUAAUACUAUAAACCAGCUGGCUCAGCUACUUAAUGGUAAAGGUAUUGAUGUCAAUGCUUUAUCAGUUCUACUUAAUAAAGAUCAAGAUACAAACAGAGCUCCUUUAAAGAGUAACAGUGGUACUCCGGGCUAUGCAACUGGUUAUCCAGCCUCGUCAUCUUAUGACAUGUAUUAUAAUUCACAGAGUUCACAAUAUGGACCUUCAAAAGAAGAUGAAAAAAGACCAGCAUAUAGGCCUUAUUAAAGUUUUUUGAGUGGUUCAGUUCUACCAAGAGCUUAAAAGUGUAAAUAGUUAACCAUCAUUAAAUCAAUGAGAUAUCGAUAGAAGUUUCACUUCAAGUCAAAAGACCUAUUAUUAGAUAAUAUUUGAGAAUCAGCAAGAAGUUGUAUCAAGGGUAUCAAGCUGUUUUGUUAGUGUCUUGAUAGUAUAACUUUACUUUUGACUACAUGAUGAAAACAGUUUUAUGUAUGCAGUUAUUUAUGAAUUGACUUAAAUUUUUAGUAUUUUUUUGUUUUUGUUUUUCAUACUGUAUUGUCUAUUUAGUCAUCUUUUUCGUUUCAUCACAGUUCUGUUCGGGUUUUUUUUUUUUGUUUUGUUUAUUGUUAAACAUCUAGUCUUGUCUUUUAUUUUUUUAUUUUUAAGUUUAUUAUUUGCGCUAGAAAUAUGAAUAUAGAUACAAAGAAAGGUUUCUAGGUUAUCAGAUUUUAAAACAGUUUAAGAAUGUGUGAUUUAAGCCUAAAUUAUUAUUUUAUAUGCUCUGCUGGCUUUUUCAGAUUUCUAUAAUUUUUAUUAACUAGAAAGAAAAAAGAAAGUCGAGUAGAUUUUGAGGUGUCUAAGAUUUAUGUAAUUUUUUGUCUGUUUGUGUUUGGAAAUAUUUCUGUAUUAUUGUCGUUUAUUAUCGAUAAAGAACAGUUUGUAAGUUUUUUACAGUGCUGGAAAAUUAUUGGUAUGAGCGUUAUAUUUGGUUCAAAGAAAUGCGAAAAUUCGAACAUCACCCAUGCACAUACAAAUAAAUUAUAUGUACUAAUUUUUUUAAAAGAAUGUCUGUUUGUAUCCUCGUUGACUCCUUAUACAUGUAAAUGUUUAUAGCACAAUAUUGUGAUCUUCUCUUUUUUAAACAUAAUACAAUUUAUCAGUCAAAA